AUGCUAUGCUUCCUAUCAUUUUCAGCGGUGGUCAAUGCGCUGGCGCAUCCAUCUCAGGAAGUUUUGGAAGCACCUUCAUUUUCCAAUUCGAUUGGUGAUGCCUCAAGGGAGACUGCCUUUGGAGUUACCGAAUCAGCGCCGCAAGGGUCAACUCACGACCCAAUUCUGAAUACCUUGCAGGAUCUUAUCGCCGCCCUGCAGGUAAUGCAGGACAAGUACUUUGUGCUGUGGCAAGGCACGUGGCCAACCAGCAUCGAUUGGACCGCUGCAGUGUUGGGCACCCACGUUUCGGCAGCACUCUCGUCUCUAACCUCAGGUCCACUUGAUAUUCCCGAUACGGAUGAAUUGCAAGGAUUAUCCUUUUUCAGGCUGGAGAAUACUGUCAAUCGUUUUUUCAGCCAGAUUUCCGCGUUCUACUUUGGCGAAAACGCUUUCAGUCUUAGAAACCAGGCUUACGAUGACAUGCUAUGGGUCGUGCUAGGGUGGUUGGAGAAUAUCAAGUUCCAGAAUCUUCACUCGGAUCUUCACUAUGUCUCCUCAAACGACAGUUCUAGAGAAGCUUGGUACGGCACCCAGUUCCAAAGCUCUGCUGCGCACAGAGCGCGCAUAUUUUACGAGCUCGCCUCAGCUGGUUGGGACAAGACCCUCUGCAAUGGCGGCAUGAUCUGGAGCCCAUAUUUGAUGCCGUAUAAGAAUGCAAUUACAAACGAGCUCUAUAUCUCUGCAAGCAUCGAGAUGUAUCUGUACUUCCCCGGAGAUUCAAUUGGCGCCCCGUUCCUUGUCGACUCGCAGGGCACACAGUCCGCGCGGAAGAACCCGCACGAUCCUCUUCAUCUCAAGGCUGCAAUUGACGGGUAUGAAUGGCUCAAGAAUUCAAAUAUGACUGGGAUCGGCGGCCUCUAUGCAGAUGGUUUUCACAUCAGUGGCUGGCAAAGCACAUCAAAUCCCGGCUCGGGACAAUGUGAUGACCUCAACACUAUGGUCUACACCUACAAUCAAGGAGUUGUUCUCAGCGGGCUGAGAGGACUCUGGCUAGCCACAAACUCGCAAGUCUAUCUGCGCGACGGUCACGAUCUUGUUCACAAAGUACUACAAGCUACCGGGUGGCCGCAUACCUCCAGCCAGCAGUGGAAAGGACUUGGUCGCGGGGGUGUGCUCGAGGACGCAUGUGAUUCUCGCGGAGUCUGCUCACAAGAUGGACAGACCUUCAAGGGAAUAUUUUUCCACCACCUUUCGGGAUUCUGUCGACCGCUUCAGCCGCAAGAGAAAGAGUUCCUGGCGGAUACGAACCGCAGCCAUGCAACAGUUGACGACUGGGCUGAAGACUAUGAACAGCAUAUGAAGCGUUGUCGAUCAUAUGGUCCCUGGAUUAAACACAAUGCACAAGCCGCUCUCAUGACUCGUGAUAGUGAUGGCAAAUUUGGUGGCUGGUGGGGCCGCCCAUAUCAUCAGCUAGAUGCCAACAAGAUCGUGGAUAGCAGUAUUAUCCCGGAUGGUGCUGUUGACUACCGCAAUGCCGAUUAUGAAUCCAAGUCUUCGACUACAGGUCCCACACCGCAGGACUACAACGAUCGUGGCCGAGGCCGCACGGUUGAAACACAGUCUGGCGGCAUCGCUGUGUUGAAAGCCCUGUACCAAUGGCAAUCAUAUGAUGCUCGAUGA